AGCUACUAAAUAUUUGAUUCCAAGUCCAAACGGGACCAAUUGCGAAACGCCAAACGGUACGACUUUGGUCACUGUUCGUCGUCGUCGUCACUGAGAUAGAGACUCCGGCGAGAAGUUCAAAGCGCCAUUUCUACGCUGGUUUAGCAAAAAGUUAGCUGCUGUUUGAAAGAAGUAGCUCCGGAAUCUCGAGAUGGAAUACAGAGUAUCAGGUCUGCUUGCUGGGUCUGAUAUUCAUGGCUUCCACACCUUGGAAGAUUUGGAUGUCAAGACUGUGAUGGAGGAAGCCAACAUGAGAUGGCUACGGCCAAAUGAGAUUCAUGCUUUCCUCUGCAACUAUAAGUAUUUCACAGUCCAUGUUAGGCCUGUGAACCUCCCAAAAAGCGGCACCAUUGUUUUCUUUGAUCGUAAGAAGCUUAGAAACUUCCGAAAAGACGGUCAUAAUUGGAAAAAGAAAAAGGAUGGAAAAACUGUCAAAGAAGCUCACGAGCAUUUAAAAGUUGGUAAUGAAGAAAGAAUUCAUGUAUACUAUGCACAUGGAGAAGAUAAUUCAACAUUUGUUCGCAGAUGUUACUGGCUGCUCGAUAAGUAUUUCAAUUAUUGAGUUCUUGAUGAAUUGACAUUUGUUGCUUUUGUUUCACUCAAAGUUAUGAAUGUUUGAGAUCUUCACAAAAAAAGAAAAGAAAAGAUGAAAGAGCAGGCUGUUUGGUUUUUUUCAUGUUAAUUUAUGCUUGUAACAGGAGUCUGGAACAUAUAGUGCUUGUUCAUUAUCGUGAAACGCAAGAGUUGCAGGGUUCACCAGUCACUCCUGGGACUUCAAAUUUCAGUUCUGCCUUUUCUGAUCCAUCAUUUCCUUUGCUUUUAUCAGAAGAAUCUGAGUCCGCAUUUGAAUGUACAAAUCAGUCUGGAAAGCAAGCAUGUUUAGAGCUUAAUGGAAACAUGACAAUCCAAAAUCAUCAACAGACUUUGCAUGACAUUAACACUCUUGACUGGGAUGAGCUUUUGGCACCUGAUGACCCUAGCAAGUUGCAAUCAACUCAAGAAGUUGUAGCAAACGCUUCACCUUGGCAACAACAUCAAUAUGAAGCAAAUAGUUUCAAACUCAUUGAUAACAGUUUGUCAGCUGAGACAUUAGCAGUAGGAUAUAUUGAUAAUUUACCUGGGCAAAUAUCGGUAAGCAAUUCUCUUCAUUUCAUCAUCCCAAAUGAUGUGAUGCUUCAGUCAGUGAAUGCUCCAGUGACUUCAUAUUCUGAGAGGAAUGAUUUUGAUGAUCUGAGUAAGGUUGGUCUUCAAGGUCAGGACAGUUUUGGCAGAUGGAUGAACUACCUAAUAGCUGCAGAUUCACCAGGAUUUGUGGGUGAUCUAUCACCUGAGACUGCAACUUCAGAUGGUUAUCAAUCUUUAGAAUCACAAAGUAUUAAAGAACAGUUAUCUGCACAUGAACAGAUCUUUAACAUAACAGAUGUCUCACCUGCAUGGGCUUUUUCAACUGAAGAAACAAAGGUAUUACUGAUUGGGCAUUUUCAUGGAGGACAGCCGCAACUGGCAAGUGCCAAUCUUGUUUGUGUCUGUGGAGAUGCUCAUGUUCCUGCAGAGCUUAUCCAAUCUGGGGUAUAUCAAAUUUUACUCUCACCUCAUCGUCCUGGAUUGGUUAACCUAUUUUUGAGUUUUGAUGGCUCUAAACCCAUCAGUCAAGUGAUAGCCUUCGAAUUUCGAGCUCCUUUAAUUCAUAAAAAAUCUACUGCCCCUUCAGAGGUGUUGUGGCAUUGGGAAGAAUUAAGAGUUCAAUUGAGGCUGGCACACUUGCUGUUUACCACACCUAAGAGCCUUGAAAUUUCAUCUAGUCCAGUACCACAAGAUGCCUUGAGAUGUGCUAAAACUUUUACCCAUAAAUGCUCUCAAAUUACCCGAAGCUGGGCAUUUUUAACCAAAUCCAUCAAUAACAAUGAACUCCCUUUCCCACAAGCAAAAGAGGAUUUGUUCGAGCUGUCUCUGCGCAACAAGCUACUGGAAUGGCUACUGGAACGUAUUCUUGAAGGGUGUAAAAUACCCGAGCGGGAUGAACAAGGUCAAAGUGUUAUCCAUUUGUGUGCUAUUCUAGGUUACACAUGGGCUGUCUACCCAUAUAAAUGGUCCGGCCUAUCAGUGGACUACAGAGACAAAUUUGGAUGGACUGCUCUUCAUUGGGCUGCAUAUUAUGGCAGGGAAAAAAUGGUUGCAGUUCUUUUAGCUGCCGGGGCAAAGGCAUCUAUGGUCACUGAUCCAAAUUCUGAAACCCCUGAUGGACUCACUGCAGCUGACCUUGCAUCUAAGAAUGGAUAUGAGGGUCUAGGAGCUUAUCUUGCAGAAAAGGCUCUAGUUGCACAAUUCAAUGAUAUGACUUUGGCUGGCAAUGCUAGUGGUUCACUCCAAACUGCAGCAGCAGCAGAAUCUGAUAAUGUCACCAGUGGUGACUUGGAACUGAACGAUACUCUGGCAGCUUACCGGACAGCUGCUGAUGUAGCCUCACGCAUACAGGCUGCAUUCAGGGAACGUUCCUUUAAAUUGAGGAGGAAAGCGGUCGAGUCUUCAACUCCAGAGAUUGAAGCACGGAGUAUAAUUGCUGCCAUGAAGAUCCAACACGCUUUUCGCAAACACGAGACGAGAAAAAGAUUGGCAGCUGUUGCGAGAAUCCAGUAUACUUUCAGAACAUGGAAGAUUCGGAAAGAUUUUCUUAACAUGCGCCGCCAAGCUGUCAAAAUUCAGGCCAUGUUCCGUGGUUUCCAAGUCCGGAAGCAGUACAGAAAGAUCACUUGGUCUGUGGGGGUGCUUGAAAAGGCAAUUUUACGCUGGCGUUUGAAGAGGAAGGGGUUCCGUGGACUUCAGGUUCCUGCGACCAUUGAGAGCCAGGAGAAAGAAGAUUGCAAUGUAGAGGAGGGGGAGGAGGACUUCUUUCGAGCAAGCAGGAAACAAGCAGAAGAGCGUGUUGAGAGGGCGGUUGUGCGGGUCCAGUCAAUGUUUCGUUCGAAAAAGGCACAGGGAGAAUAUAGAAGGAUGAAGCUACAGCACAACUCAGCAUGGCUGCAAUAUUACGAAGAGGAGUGUCUUGAUCCUGAUACUCACAUGGAACAAAAAUGAUAAAAAUGUAACUGGCAUUUUACUCCAAAAAGACAAGCAGGAAGCAGUUGUGCAGGUUUUCUAUAAAAACUUGAAUAUUCUCAGGUAAUUGCUGUAAUCUUGCUGAUAUAUUUUACCCCUUAAAAAGCAGAAAAAAGAAUGGGAAAAUAGCUUGAAAAUAUAAUAUUGUAUUCUUCAACUAGUGUUCCUACAAGAUUGGGUAGUCCUUUCUAUAAUAAUCUCUAUUCUUAAAAAGAAAAAUAAAAAGUGAGUGGUACCAGUCUCAUUGUAAUAUGAAAAAAUAAAUGUUGGUGUCCAUAAUAUCGGAAAUGUUGAUGCAAAUUCAACUUUCAUAUGAUGUGCUAUUGUACAUUUGGCACACGA